UGGAUUAGUGACAUUGACCUCAUAGAAUUUAUAUAGCAACGGAUUUAUUAUACAAUUCGACAAGGAAAGAAUAUAUAUCAAGUACUACAACGUAUUUAUUAACACCAUUCGUUCAUUUGGAUUAUAGAUAACAGAAAAUAGGGAAAUCAGUCAAUUUGAUGGAUUUCAACAUAUAUUAUUGUCAAUAUGCUUAAUAGAACAAAAUGUACCAAUUUGCUUGUGUUACUUUCGCUCUUAAAUACAUGUGUCUUUCUAUACGUGAGCCAAAACUAUUUAAUCAGGUUCAAGAUGCAACCAAAGGCGGGUAUACUCGAACUUAGACCAAAUACAACAGCCACUAUACCUAAAUUAAGGCUGGAUACUACAACGACCAAUUCUCCUACACUUUACAAGAAAACAACAACCAGUAUGAUCAGUACGCAUGAGCUUUAUAAGAAUACAACUACCAGUGUACCCAAACUUAAACUAAAUACAACUACCAGUACUCAAAAACUUAAGCAGAAUGCUACGAUCAGUAUUCCCAAACUUAAGCUGAAUACAAGGACCAGCACUUCAAAACUUUACCAAAAUAUAACAACCAGUAUACCCAAACUUAGGCUGAAUACAACUACAAAUACUCAAAAACUUAAGCAAAAUGCAACAGUCGGUAUACCCAAACUUAAGGUGAAUACAACGAUAAGUAUACUUAAACUUUACCAAAAUACAACAACCAGUAUACCCAAACUUAGGCUGAAUACAACUACAAAUACUCAAAAACUUAAGCAAAAUGCAACAGUCGGUAUACCCAAACUUAAGGCGAAUACAACGAUAAAUAUACUUAAACUUUACCAAAAUACAACAACCAGUAUACCCAAACCUAGGCUGAAUACAACUACAAAUACUCAAAAUCUUAAGCAGAAUGAAACAAUCGGUAUACCCAAACUUAAGGUGAAUACAACGAUGAGCAUAUUUAAACUUUACCAAAAUGCAACAACCAGUAUACCCAAACUUAGGCUGAAUACAACUACAAAUACUCAAAAAGAUAAGCAGAAUGCAACAAUCGGUAUACCCAAACUUAAGGUGAAUACAACGAUAAGUAUACUUAAACUUUACCAAAAUACAACAACCAGUAUACCCAAACUUAGGCUGAAUACAACUACAAAUACUCAAAAACUUAAGCAAAAUGCAACAGACGGUAUACCCAAACUUAAGGCGAAUACAACGAUAAGUAUAUUUAAACUUUACCAAAAUACAACAACCAGUAUACCCAAACUUAGGCUGAAUACAACUACAAAUACUCAAAAACUUAAGCAAAAUGCAACAGUCGGUAUACCCAAACUUAAGGCGAAUACAACGAUAAAUAUACUUAAACUUUACCAAAAUACAACAACCAGUAUACCCAAACUUAGGCUGAAUACAGUUACAAAUACUCAAAAUCUUAAGCAGAAUGAAACAAUCGGUAUACCCAAACUUAAGGCGAAUACAACGAUAAGUAUACUUAAACUUUACCAAAAUACAACAACCAGUAUACCCAAACUUAGGCUGAAUACAACUACAAAUACUCAAAAUCUUAAGCAGAAUGAAACAAUCGGUAUACCCAAACUUAAAGUGAAUGCAACGAUGAGUAUAUUUAAACUUUACCAAAAUGCAACAACCAGUAUACCCAAACUUAGGCUGAAUACAACUACAAAUACUCAAAAGGUUAAGCAGAAUGCAACAAUCGGUAUACCCAAACUUAAGGCGAAUACAACGAUAAGUAUACUUAAACUUUACCAAAAUACAACAACCAGUAUACCCAAACUUAGGCUGAAUACAACUACAAAUACUCAAAAUCUUAAGCAGAAUGAAACAAUCGGUAUACCCAAACUUAAAGUGAAUGCAACGAUGAGUAUAUUUAAACUUUACCAAAAUGCAACAACCAGUAUACCCAAACUUAGGCUGAAUACAACUACAAAUACUCAAAAGGUUAAGCAGAAUGCAACAAUCGGUAUACCCAAACUUAAGGUGAAUACAACGAUAAGUAUACUUAAACUUUACCAAGAUACAACAACCAGUAUACCCAAACUUAAGUUGAAAUCAGCAACAAGUAUACCCAAACUUGAAUUGAAGCCAGUAACCAGUACACCCAAGCUGAAUACAACUCAGAUUUGUCCAGAAGUCACAAAAUACUUAGUUGGACUGCAGAAUGUGUCAAAGUUAUUAAGCUCAAUAUCCAUGGAAAAACAUAUUCCUUACGAUGUACAAAACGGCGGACUGAGUUUCCCACAUGUUUGCAAAGCCCGUCAGAAGGUGGCGAUAAUCGUACCUUACAGAAACCGCCCUGCACAACUGGAUAUAUUUCUGAGAUUCAUGCAUAAUUUUCUGAGGAGGCAGCUGUUAGAAUAUAGGAUCAUUAUAGUUGACCAAGUCGAUGACACACCAUUCAACAGGGGAAUGUUGUUGAAUAUAGGUGCUAUAGAGGCUGCGAAACUUUACAAGUUUGACUGUCUCAUUUUCCAUGAUGUUGACUUACUCCCGGAGAAUGACUACAAUAGUUACACGUGUGUCAACAAUGCGGCUCUCCAUCUUUCAGUGCUUGUUAAUACACAUGGCUACAGAUUGCUGUAUGAUAAUAUAUUUGGUGGAGUGAUGGCCAUUCAACCUGAAAACUUUGUCAAGAUUAACGGCUUUUCAAACCUCUUUUUUGGUUGGGGUGGAGAGGAUGACGAUAUGUACACAAGAAUCAAAGUCUCCAAAUUAAAGGCAGGCCAUGCUCAUCGAUGGAAUAGAACAAUACCACGAUAUACAAUGCUUGGUCAUUCUCAAUCUGAGAUACGUAAUAUGGCAAGGUGGAAGCUUUUAGAAAAUUCAAAAGUUCGGCACCAUUGUGAUGGUCUCAACUCACUCACGUACAGAUUAAACAAAGUUGAAUUAAAGCCACUCUAUACAAGCGUUUCUAUCAGUAUGGAUUUAGAUUUCCUGAACUCGACAUUGUUUACGAAAUGUAACAUGACAACCUUCUACGAGGAAAUCAAAUUUGUCGAGGAAAUAAAAAGACUACAACGAUUAGGAAACCCCUCUGGGAAUGACACACUAGACAAAAAUAUAUAAAAACAUCUGGAAAAAUAUAUAUUGCUGAAAGUGAAAUAUGUUCAAUAUAUCAACUAAAAUCUUGUAUGAGUAUCAUCACUAAAAUGUAUGCAACACGGAUAGGAUAGUCAAUUAAUAAAUAACUGUUCGCAUAGAUAGUUGUAAAAGAUACGGGAUUCACUGUAUUGCAGGUAAUCCAAUAAGACACUUUUCUUAAACAAUUCACGCGUUCUUGCCAUCUAUACGAGAAUAAGUCAUCCAUCCACUACCACUUCUAAAAUAUCACAUGAUUUUAUAAUGCGUAACAAUGUCAUGUUUUAUUUUUGAACACAAUUAGUUUAAAAAAUCGUGAUAUUUACUUUGCAGAGACCACUGUUGCAUUUAAAUGAUUUUAUUCAUUCUGAUUUAUCAGAGUCCCUCUUUACCUAACGCUUUUGAGCAACUAUUCCAAAAGGAUAGUAAAGGCUGUGGAUCCCACAAU